CUUCCUUUGACUUUGAUUUGGACUUGUUGUUGCCACUUUGAAAUAUGAAAGGUGCAGAGUGUAAAUGGUUCUAUCCACAUUAUUACUACCAAUCAUGUUCUCUAUUUCAUCAACCGCACCCUCUUCCUUACUAACUUCAACGAUUCUCAAGUUAGAUACUUUUUCGUUGAAAAAUGGUGGGUUUAUCAGAAUUAGAGGGAUUACUGGUCCUACAAAUCCAAAACUAGCAAUUUGUUCUUCUGUUUCUGCUUCGGGUGAUGGCAAUGCCUCUGUUCAGACUGAUGUUCCUUUCCCUUUUGAUUACUCUGAGCUUCUGGAACAAGCUAGUGUUGCGGUGGAAUUGGCCGUGAAGGAUAACAAACAGCUAAUGGAAAUUGAGUUUCCCACAGCUGGACUCGAAUCCGUACCAGGUGAUGGUGAAGGUGGAAUAGAGAUGACUGGGAGCAUGCAAUUGAUUCGUGAAUUUUGUGACCGCUUCAUUUCGUCCGAGAAAGCCACGCGAACAAGAAUAUUUUUUCCAGAAGCUAGUGAAGUCGACUUUGCCAGACAAUCGGCCUUCAGUGGAGCGUCUUUUAAGUUGGACUAUCUGACAAAGCCUUCAUUUUUUGAAGAUUUUGGUUUUGUUGAGAAAGUAAAAAUGUCCGACAGAGUGAAGGAAGGCGAUGAACUUUUCGUAGUAGGCUAUCCGUAUUUCAAUGUCAAUGAAAUGCUUGUUGUGGAAGAACUUUACAAAGAAGCUGUCGUGAACACGGAACGGAAACUGAUUAUUUUCAAUGGAGAACUUGACCGUAUCAGAUCCGGGUAUUAUCCACCGUUCUUUUACCCAAAGCUUGCUGGACUUACGAAAUCCUUUCUACCUUCGAUGGAAACUGUGUAUUACGUUCAUAAUUUCAAGGGUCGCAAUGGUGGAGUACUUUUCAGGUGCUAUCCAGGACCAUGGAAGGUUCUGAGAAGAGUGGGGAGAAGUAAAUAUGUUUGUCUACAUCAGCAGGAUACUAUGCCAUCCCUCAAGGAAGUUGCCCUUGAUAUUCUUCCAGCAACUUGAUGUUAUCAGUUUCGGUCAUAGUAACGGUGUUGGUUUUCAGCUUCUUCUUUGGAGAUCUGGAAUGAGUCAACAGGUUGCAUUUGAUGAAUGAAGGGUUGAAGUUGUGGCCAAAAGAAGUGGUGCCUUGUAGUACUGAAAUGGUGUUUUUAUUUUAAUAGCUACGAAGUUGUUGCUGUACAGUUUGGAAAUUCAUCUGAGCAAUACAACAAGUUUUCUGUCUUUGUAUAAUUGUAUGUUUGUGUGUUGUACAUAAUUUGUUAACAAUCACUGAAUCAAUACGAUUGAGAAAAUCACUUCUUUUGUGUUAGAAUACAGAUACCAUAUGUUGGUUCUCCCUCUUC